AUGGAUUUUAAGAACAUCAUCAACUAAUACAUAUCAACACAACAUUACAUACAACUUUUAAUCAACCAACCUUACGACUGCAACCUUAUUACACUUUUACACUCAUAUCAUCUAAUCUAAUACCCAUAAUAAACAAACGACAAUGUUCAACUUCAUCUCAACACUCGUCACUCUUCUACCUCUGGCAAUUGCGGCGCCAGUAGGCCUUUCAACCCGAGACAGCAAUCCCGGUUGCCAAGCAGCUUCUUUCGGCAACUUCGCAUGGCAGGUUGAGAACUUCGAUUACCACGCAAGCUACAUCUUCACGACACCUGCGCACCAAAACUCGUGGGGAUAUGUCAACUUCAACUUAACCAACCCCGCUCUCGAGUACAAGGCCGUUUGCAGUGCCACAAGCAACCAGUUAAGCGACUUCUUCUACGGCACAAUGGCUUACAACUGCACCGUUCCGGACGGCUCCACCACAAAGACCACAUUCGACUUCAGCCGGCCGAGCGGAGCCUUGAAUGUCAACCAAACGUGGACCUGCAGCGACGAAGACCCACAAUACCCCACUACGAUUCAUGCCUAUGGCGCUGCCAACCUUACUCUGGCUUGCACCGACGAGACUCACAUCAACCCCAACUGGACUCUGGGCCAGAUCUACUCGGACCGGGAGGUCAAGUGCACGCCGGUGACCAUCCCGUUGAAGCCUUACCAGAUGACUGCCGUGGCUUAAAGUGUUUUUCGAUUUUUUGAUAGGUUUGGCUAUGAUGGUGUUGUAAUGAAGGGGAUUGGGUUGGGUAACUGGGAUACGAUCAUGACAUUAUGAUAUAAUGCUAUCAUAGACUUACACAUAUAAUGGCGACAUGCCACGGAGACGAACAUAAGAACAUAAUUAUUGUAAUAAGAAUAUAAUCACAUAUUUUUCA